AUGACGCUGCCAACUCGCAGUCAGUUCUACCGCGACUACCUCCAGCCCCUGUGCAUCCUGCCCGGCGCGCCCCAGUACGCGGAUAUCAGCAUCUGCGUCGUCUGCCAAGAGGACUUCAACGAAGCGUCCUAUGACAUGGUGUCGAUCCAAGACUGCAAUCAUAUUUUCCACCGCAAAUGCCUCAUCGAGUGGGCCGAGAGCGCGAGCCCGCAGCGCGACGCCUGUCCAUCUUGCCGGAAGACGUUGUUUCGGUAUGCGCCGUUGACAAAUCGCCAGAGAUAUGAAGUGAUGCAAGAAGAGCUCGAGGAAACGUUCUUUGCACCGGAUUCUCGUCGCCGCAUGCAGUGGAGGGUGGUGGAGGAAAUGAGUGAGAUGGCUGCGAUGUUUGUCUCGGAGGCUUUGCACGAUCAGUCGAGGCAGAUUCUUCCAGGCCGUGGGAGCGUGGCGCAUGCUCAAAUACAACCGUUCUAUCGGGCAUCGAUCUGGUCGGUCGACUAUGUACCUGAGGAGCCCGAAUUUUCACGACGCCCACCUUUGUGGUACAGCGAUUCACAACGCCCAUCUACGUCGCCCGAACAUUCACCAGUCCCACGUGCGUCGUCUGAAUAUUCACCACGUUUACCUGAGUCGGAACCAGAGCCCCACGUUCCUCCUCCAACCUCACAAAUUCCAGUCUGGUCUUCUGCUGCCUUGCCACAGGUCUUUAUUCCAACGCCUACCUCAAGAGGUCACAUAGGUUCACUUUCUCAGAUACCCCUCUAUUCGGUAGAGGAAGAGCCUACCCACACUCCCCCAACCAAUCCCGACAAUGUAACCCGACUGGCACAUCUACAAGACUUCAUGACCACCAACUUCACGGUCUCUCACGUGUUCUGCGGUGUCCACACUAUACAGCGCAUUUUUGAUUCCUACAUAAUCGAGUUUGAGACGGGUGAGAAUCAUCGCGUACACGGUGCGUUGGGAUAUGUUAUGGCUAGGGACACUGCAAUAUUUUACGAGUAG